AUGUUAGGAGUCUUAUGCAGCCUGCAGCCAGGAAUGUCGGGCAGUGAGGGACAUUUCUCCUUGCUGCAGGAUGCACUGACUCGACAGGUGGAUUAUAGGGUGCGGUUGACUCCUGAGGUCCGCGAGCAACUGGAAAUCUUCCAAGAUUUUCUUCAUGGCCUUGCAAAGCGCCCCACAACACUUGAAGAACUGGUACCAGGCGUUGACUUACACGUUGGCGCUUGCGAUGCGGCAAAGUCGGGAAGGGGAGGAGUGUGGUUCACCAACAAUGGAGAGGCCAUCGUCUGGCGCGAACCAUAUCAAGAAGCAGUGAAAAAAGAGGUUAUUUCCAAUCACAAUCUGACAGGAAAACUUACCAACUCAGACUUGGAGCUGGAAAGCACCGUUCUCCAUCAUUUUGUCCUUGGAAAGACCGCCCAGGUGGAAGGCGAAACCACUUAUACUGGCUAUCAACUCUUGGCAACUGUACAGGAUGCCGAACGCCGUGAACUCCUUGAUGACAUCCGUGCUGUUGAACUCGGAAUCGAACGCGGAGUCUGUCCUUCAAGAGUUGCAAAGGCACACUCUGUCUGGACCACAUGGGUUGCCUUCUGCGACAGCCUCACCCUCGACCCAGGAUUGUCAGCGGUCGACGAUCCCUUGCUCAUCAUCCUCCUCUUUGGAACCCAAUGGCGACGUGGAAAAAUUGCCCCCAGUAAGAGACAGGUCCGGGGUCGAACGGCUGAAGAUACCAUGCGCCAGGUGGGCCAGGCCUUUUCCUCAUUGGGACUGCUCGAUCCGAGGAUGAACCGAUAUGCACCAGGAACAAUGGACUUUUGUGGGACACGGCUGCUGAAAAGUUGGAAGAAAGAGGAUCCAGCAGCACAGUGA